UCUAAAAACCUAAUUAUCGAAUCGCCACUCUCUUCUCAAGUGUCUGCUGCGCGGCAAGGCGAAUUUUCUCAUCGGAAAAGCAGAAUGGAGACACCAAGAACCGUCAAAGACGUCUCUCCUCACGACUUCGUCAAGGCGUACGCCGCUCACCUCAAACGCUCCGGCAAGAUUGAGCUUCCUACAUGGACCGAUAUAGUGAAGACGGGCACGUUGAAGGAGCUCGCUCCCUAUGACCCAGAUUGGUACUACAUUAGGGCCGCUUCGAUGGCAAGGAAAAUAUACUUGAGGGGCGGUCUUGGUGUUGGCGCGUUCAGGAGGAUCUAUGGUGGGAGCAAGAGGAAUGGAAGUCGCCCGCCUCAUUUUGGGAAGAGUAGUGGUUCCAUUGCACGCCACAUUCUUCAGCAAUUGCAGACCAUGAACAUCCUUGACCUUGAUUCUAAAGGUGGGAGAAAAAUUACAUCUAGUGGCCAGAGGGAUCUUGACCAAGUUGCCGGAAGGAUUAUAGUUGCUGCUGCUUGAGUGAUUUUCCGUCUCCGAUAAUGAUGACGAGAACUGGUAUUUUGGAAUAGAAGCAGACAUAGAGAGAAAACUGUUUGUUAAACUAUCUUGUUGGUUAUUCUGAUGUUGUUAUGGCUGAGCGUGACUUUUGAUAUUCAUUUGCAAAAGGUUUUGAUUUUUGCCUUCA